AUGACAGGACACACACCGCACCCUCCCAUCCUCUACUCUUUCCCCACUGCUGGCGACCUCUCCGACGCGCUCGCGAACUUUAUCAUUCGCGCGCAGAAGGAGGGCCUCGAUAAGCAUGACAAGUUCACCCUCGCUGUGUCUGGCGGGUCUUUGCCCAAGACGCUCUCGGCGCUCGUCGGAAACCCUGCUGUAAAGUGGGACAAGUGGCAAGUCUACUUCGCGGAUGAACGUGCAGUUCCGCUCGACAACGAAGACAGCAAUUACAAGCUGCUACAAGACGAACUUCUCUCCAAAGUUCCGAUUCCUCCCUCGAAUGUUCACCCCCUCGACCCGACUCUGCUCGACGAUCUCGAAGAGCUCUCGGAUGCAUACGAGAAAGAGCUCAUCAAGGAGUUCGCGACCAAGAACGCCGCUCGUUUCCCCGUCUUCGAUCUCAUCCUCCUCGGCACCGGACCGGACGGACACACCGCCUCGCUCUUCCCCGGUCACGAACUUCUGAGCGAAGAUGAUCGCUGGGUGGCGUAUAUCGAGGACAGCCCCAAGCCGCCGCCGAAGAGGAUCACUCUCACUUAUCCCGUCAUCAACCAUGCGGCGAGGGUCGCGUUUGUUACGACGGGUGAGGGCAAGAAGGAGGUUUUGAGGGAGAUUCUGGAUGAGCCGGAGAAGGGACUCCCUGCGGCGCGGGUGCGUCCAGCGCCGCCUGGGCAGUUGUUCUGGUUCAUGGACGACGCGGCGAGCCAGUUGAUCCAGUACCCGAAGACAGAAUUCAAGCUCUAA